AUGGGGAAAUUACAAAAGUAUGUUGGAAUGCUUGCUGGGAUAUUUGUAUUGGCGAUUGGAAUAGCGGAAUGCCACCGAAAAAUUAAAGAUGAUGAAUUUCUUGACGGCUUUGGAGGAGGUGGCAUGGGUGCUGGUGGUGGUGGAGGUUUUGGUGGGGGUGCUGGUGCUGGUGGAGGUAUAGGAGGAGGCGCAGGCGGUGGUGUAGGAGGUGGAGCUGGUGGUGGCUUUGGAGGUGGUGCAGGUGGGGGAAUUGGAGGUGGGCAAGGCGGUGGAGUAGGGGGAGGAAUGGGUGGUGGUGGAGGCGCAGGUGGAGGUGCUGGUGGAGGCUUUGGAGGUGGUGGUGGUGGCGGCUUUGGAGGUGGUGCAGGGGGAGGUGCUGGUGGUGGAUUUGGAGGUGGUGCAGGUGGGGGCGCUGGCGCUGGCGCUGGCAUUGGCGGCGGUGCUGGUGGCGGAGCUGGUGGAGGGGCUGGCGGCGGCUUUGGUGGUGGUGGAUUUUGA